AGUCGGAGACUUGCUUUAGCGUGGAAACGAAUGCGUCGUUUUGACCAGAGAAUGAUCGCUGUUUUCUUGCUUCCCAUUUGCUCUACUGCAUCUGAAAAUUCUCUACUUCCCCAACAAAGUUUCGCGGAAUUGAUAAUCGGAUUUUGAUUGAGAAGCUGUAUGUAAGGAUUUGAUUUUGGAGAUUAGGAUAUUUAUGUAAAAAUUGUUUAGGGAGAAAAUGUUGGUGCAGAGGAGAUUAAUGUGCUGGAGGAGAGUGUGGAAGUCGAUGCAGGCUGUGAUGGCGCAUGGUUUGCUCUUCUCCUUCACCCUUCUUCUCGCUCUGAAGCUUGAUCAUGUCUUCUCCCAUUCAUGGUGGAUUGUAUUUGCACCAUUGUUGCUAUUUCAUGCUGUGGUUGCACGCGGUAGAUUUUCCCUGCCUGCUCCAUCAAUGCCUCGUGAUCGACAUUGGGCCCCGUUCCAUUCGGUCAUGGCGACGCCAUUGCUUGUUGCUUUUGAGCUUCUGCUUUGUGUUCAUCUGGAAGAUAGCAAUGUUGUAGACUUGAAGAUCGUCUUCUUUCCCUUGCUUGCAUUUGAGGUAGCAAUUUUGAUUGAUAAUGUCAGAAUAUGCAGGACGCUCAUGCCUGGAGAUGAGGAAACAAUGAGUGAUGAAGCCAUAUGGGAGACGCUUCCUCAUUUUUGGGUUUCGAUAUCGAUGGUUUUCUUCAUUGCUGCCACCACUUUCACUCUUCUGAAGCUAUGUGGUGAUGUAGCUGCAUUAGGAUGGUGGGACUUAUUCGUAAACUUUGGGUACAUUUCAUUUUUUUUUCUCUCUUCUUGGACUAUCCUCUUUCUUCCCCUGAAUUUCUCUCCGCCGUCACGGAAGAUCUUCUUUCUCCUGUUCUACAGAAUAGCAGAGUGCUUUGCUUUUCUUGUCUGCACAAAGUGGAGCAAUCCAUCAAUUCAUAGGAAAACAACAGUAUGUGCAGUCUCCAAGAUAUUGGCGGGCAUGUUAUGAAAAUUCCUUUCAUUACUUUCCAGAUACUCCUUUUCAUGCAC